CCCAAUUUCCCUCUUCCUUUCUCACAACCCACACGAUGCCAUACCUUCUUCUCCAACUCACCCAUCCCGAAUGUCGCUAAACACCAUCGAACUUGCUACCAUCUGACGCCGAACGCCGAACGUCGAAUGUCGCUGUUGCUACCUGCUAAGUACCAUUUGAACACCUAACGCCUGCUCGUCGAAUGUCGCUCCCCUGCUCACCGAACGCCAGUCAGCCAUACGUGUUUUUCUCUAGGCCAACUCAAAAUGCACGAGGUACUUCAACAACUACUAAGAAAACAAAACUAGGAGUUCCUUCUCGCAAAUGGGAAGUGGGUAUGCAGCCAUCUCAAGAUUUCUCACAACAAUCUUUACUUCAUUGCUUCCAAUGCCUACUGAUUCUUUCUUAAUUCCGGUGGUUAUCCCAUUAGGAGAUAUUGGUGAAAUACGAAGGACUCAACAUGCAUUUAUCAAUCCUGCUGUAACAAUUAUUCUUCGCAUGGGUGUUGGUGGGCAUGGUGUACCUCCAUUGGGAAGUCCUGAUGGUAGGGUCAGAUAUAAAUUUGCAUCAUUUUGGAAUAGGAACCAUAUGGUUAGAGCUUUACAGCACUCAGUGAAUAACUUCCGUGAAAUGCUGGAAGCUGAGAAGAAGGCAUGUUAUUCAGACCUUAGGUUUUUCUUUUCGUUGAUAUUUCUUGUUGUUUGUGUUUUAUUUAUUUAUUUACUUAUUUAUUAUUAUUUGUUAUAAGAAUGCCCUUUUAUUUGUUGUUAGGAAGACUUCAAACUUGGAAAUUUACUUUGUUGAUCUAAUUCUAAUACUGUAUUAUGAUCCUUACUCAAAUGAUGGAAAAUUUUUGCAACUUUCUAUGAGGUUUGUUUUUGUUUGUUAA